UGUUCGGAAAGGAUUACAAAUGAAGGAUUUCCAUCAUCUGAAUGUGAUGGAAUUGAUUGGCAUUUGCUGGGUAAAGCCACACAGUGAUGCUCUUCCACCGUCUUCUCCACUGAUUGUGUUGCCAUACAUGGAGCUCGGAGAUUUAAAGACGUAUUUGAGAAGAAACAGACCAGGAAAACGUUUGAAUGAGAAGGGUAAUACAAUCAGUCUGGUUCAACUGCUCAAGUUUGGCUAUCAGAUUGCAAGAGGAAUGGAGUAUCUGUCAAACGCCGGGAUUAUUCAUCGAGAUCUUGCUGCAAGAAACUGCAUGGUCAAUUGGGAUUUGGAGAUCAAAGUUGCCGACUUUGGUUUGUCUCGUAUGAUGGAAGGAAAGGAUUAUUAUCGAAUGGGACAUUUUAGUUGUUUACCAGUGAAAUGGAUGGCUCCAGAAUGUCUAAUUGAUCUGAUCUUCACUUCGAGCUCUGAUGUGUGGUCGUUUGGUGUAACUUUAUGGGAGGUGAUGUCGUUGGCUCAAGUUCCCUACCCUGGAGUCGAUAAUCAAGACAUUCUUUCAUACUUGAAGCGAGAGAGGAGAUUGAAGAAGCCCGACAAAUGCCCGGAUAGAGUUUAUGAGAUCAUGCAUCAGUGCUGGCAGACACAACCAGACAGUCGGCCGACAUUCAAAGCCAUUGUGAAAGACAUGGAAGAGUACCUGGCCGAAAUGAUGAACUACUUCAACCCACUGGAUUCUAAUGGUCGACGCCCUUCCGAUCCAUACAUCACAUGGAACUUGAUGUCUAUAGUUGAGGAGGAGGAUGACGAUGCAAGCAGCACUGACCAACUCGAACAAGCAGCGACAGCUGAACAAUCAGUCAUGAUAAGACAACAGACUUCCAAGCAUCAGGCUAAUCUUUUCGAACAAAAACAACAUUCUUUACCGAGGUUGGAUAGGAGCAGCGUAAUUCAACGGUUUGUCAACUUUGGCAGGAGUGUCUCGUUGCGAAUGAAACGCAGCAGCAUGUUGAACAAGAAAGUUUGACACACGACAUCAACUUGACAGCGGGAGAUAGCAGGUCAUUGUGAUGAUUAAAUAUUUUAUUAGUAACUUUUUGAUUAUCAUAACUAUGGUAUUGAUGAGGUAUACAGUAAAGUAAGUUGUAUACCGAUUUCGAUUUGUGUGUUAGUUCAUGUAGAACUACGCAUUAAAUGCAUUUUUGUGUCUGUAUCUUGUGAU